AUGGGCAAGAGAGGUAAUGCUGCAUUUACCGAAUUCGAAAUCACGAGGACGAAGGAAAGAGAUGGCACUGUGUACAAAGUACCCGCUCUUGCAGCAAAGACAACCAACCAUGCACCAGAUGCAGACGUUUUUGGACCCAGGACCAUGGUAAAGAAAUUUCCUGUUAGUGCACGAGCUCUAGAGACGCUUCUAGAAGCACACAUUAAACUUUAUGUUAGCAUCACCCACUCGAAAGGAAGGGUUCUGAGUUGCUUCACGGUCGACAUGUCGGCUAUGACUGCUCCUCCGUUUAUAUUUCUGCUUACUUCCCUUACUGAGUUCCAAGGUGCAAUCAGUUUUGAGCGUCUACUCAUGCCGUUGAAUCCUGUUCUUGGAGAACUCUUAUAUGGGUACCAGCCAGCGAGCGUAGCUCGUGAAGGAAAAACUACCCUGGUUGGGGAACAUCGUAACGCGGUCGGGCAUGCAGUUCUGACUGGAUCCCUUCCGUCUGGGGAGACCGAGGAAUACCUGAUCACGCUUCCUCGACUCCGCAUCGAUGGGCUGUGGUACGGAUCACCCUAUAUCGAGCUUGCAGAAACGAGUUACGUUCAAAGCUCUACUUGGUGGCUUUCUACGAUCGAAUACAAAGGCAAAGGCUAUUUCUCCGGAAAAUCACACACUUUCAAAACACCGCUCACCCCGCCUUCACAUAUCCAUACCUCCCCUCACGUCAUCAAAGGGACGGGGCAUGCGAUGUCUAAAGAGUUGCAUGGCGGUGCUACGUUCCAUGAUGUGACCUCGCCGAAGGAGGAGAUUACGGUUGCGCCUGGGGAGGAGCAGGGAGAGCAGGAAGUUGUGAACGAGCAAAGGCAGAGAAGACGGGACGAAUCUGCUAGUGGUACGACGUGGGAGUUGAAGCAUUUCAAACAUACGGAACAUGGUCCUGUCUACGAACGUCUAUGCAAGCUGUUCAAAACAAACCCCCCAGCAGAAAAUGGAUAUGUUCACCUCGGCAACGUUCCGCGCUCUGAGACUUAG